GCCAGUGCUCCUGCCACCGAACCGCUGCUCUUUACCAACCACUCCCACCACCCUCUCACCGUUGUCCGUUACAUAUCCAGCGGCCACCCGUUCCUCUUCCUCGUCCGCCUCCACGACCACCAUCCAUCGCCAUGGCUGGCCCCACCACCACGCUCCUCCUCCUGCUGCUGUGCUCCGCUGGGCUCGCGUCCGGCGCCACGGCGGCUGACGACAGCGGGUUCACUACCUUCAAGGUAUACUUCCACGACAUCGUGGCGGGGACGAGCCCGACGGCCAUCCGCAUCGCGCAGGGGGCGGCGUCCAACACCUCGUCCACCAGCUUCGGCGCGAUGGUGGCCAUCGACGACCCGCUGACGACGGGCCCCACGCGCGCCGCGGGCACCGAGGUGGGCCGCGCCCAGGGCACCUACACGUUCGCGGACCAGCAGACGUUCGGCCUCCUCAUGGUGAUGGACUUCGUGUUCACGGCCGGGGAGCACAAGGGCAGCACGCUCUCCAUCCUCGGCCGCAACGAGGUGCUCAGCGACGUCCGCGAGAUGAGCAUCGUCGGCGGCAGCGGAAAGUUCCGCAUGGCGCGUGGGUACGUCCAGGCGCACACCAUCGACUCCGGCUUCAAAUCCGGCGAGACCGUCGUCCAGUACACCGUCAACGUCAGGGCCUAGCUACCCGCUCGAUCUACCUUGCUUGCUCCUCCGGCCCAUGGCCGACUGCCCGCCCGGCUUCUUGUGCGUCGAUCCAUCUCCGGAUGCUUUGUACACACCUUGUCGUUCUUCGAUGUUACUACAUGACAUGUAUUUAGUAGACUGCGAUUUCAGACAUCGAGUCUAUCUUCAUUUGCUAUUGAGCGGGAUCUGGAUCUGCAGACCCGAAUCUAGUUC